ACAAAUACAUAUAAUAUAACAAUGUCAUUGUCAAGUAGAAUUGAUCUACUUAGAUUACUGUGUAGACAUGCUUCAGAGAGAUUGAUAUCACAUUAUAUGAUGUUGUCUAGGGUGGCCAAACCUGCAUUGACAACAGAACGUUUGAACAAGUUGGAUAGGGUCAUAGAGAAUAGGACGGAUAGAGUUGUGAUAGUAUGUGAGAUGGUCAAGACACCUGGUAACGUGGCGGCGAUCAUCAGGUCAUGCGAGGCAAUGGGCAUUCAACACGUGCACGUUGUAGACGAUCAGCCUUACGAGACAUUCAACGACAUUGCCAAGGGCACGGAGAAGUGGGUGUCGAUACACCGCCACGAGACCACCAUCGAGUGUCUCGACUACCUCUCGCGCAAUGGAUACAGGGUGUGGGCGUCAGACCUCUCGCCCGGCGCCGAGGCAUUCGAUGAACUCGUGCGCAAGCAGCCCCCUCAGCACAGCAUCGACAGCAACUACAGCACAACAAGAGAUUAUGGACGCAUUGCCGUCGUCUUUGGAAAUGAAGGCACGGGCGUCAGCGACGAGAUGAAGCAAUUGAGCGACAAGAGAGUGUUCCUGCCAAUGUGUGGCAUGGUGCAAUCGUUCAACGUGAGCGUCAGCGUGGGCAUGACGCUGGCCUACCUCAAGAUGCAGGGCGUGCUGGCGGGCACUCUAUCACCGCUGGAAAAGGAGCGACUGCGGGCACUCUGGCGGAUCAAGUCCAUCCCCGACCACCACCUGUACUAUCAACGCUACAACGUACCCGAUCACCUACAAAUGUUCUCUAAUAAAGCGACGUUACCAUUUAUUCCGGCAGCGUCUUUGUCG